CAAGUAAACCAAAAGAAUCCUACAAAUCACCAUAUAUUCUUAACCGGACUCCUCAUCACCCAGCCACUUUCACAUCUCAGCCGGAGUAAAAAAAUGGCCGGAAUCGUUGACAUUUUGCCGAAAGAAUACGGCUACAUCAUCCUCACCCUCGUUGCAUACUAUUUUCUCAACUUCUACAUGCAAAUUCAAGUCGGCAAAGCAAGAAAAAAGUACAAAGUGUUUUAUCCUAAACUAUAUGCUACUGAAGCUGAUACUAAAGAUUACCAAAUCUUUAACUGUAUACAGAGGGGGCACCAGAAUUCGCUGGAGAAUGUGGGGAUAUUCUUUGUUUUAAUGGUGGUUGGAGGGCUUAAACACCCGGUUAUAUGUGCGGGUCUGGGAUUAGGUUAUACCGUUGCUCGGUUUUUCUAUUUUACUGGUUACUCGUCCGGUGAUCCCAAGGGUCGGCUUCCAAUUGGGGGAUUCAAUGGUCUUGCACUCUUGGGGCUGGCGAUCGUCAAUAUCUGGUUCGGGGUGAGUCUUCUAAAGGCAUAAAUGAGAACCAUUGUUGAUUCACUUUCAUUUGUAUUCUUCAUGAGAGGAUGUUAAUGAUGUAGACUUUAAUAGUAUUUUGUGCCAUGAAGAAGGUGGGUUGGAAUGAUGGUUCCAAACACUUUUCUGUUUCUAUAUUAAAGCUGAAUAAAUUGUGUUUUUUUUACAAGAAA